UAGAAGCGAAUUGUUUCCUUGCCUUUCCUUGAACUUGAAACUCCUUAAAAUCCCAUGUUCCCUUGAAACGUUCCAAAAAAAUAAAAGAUAAAUGGAUUUCCAAGAACCCUUCACAGAUCAAGAACUCCAAAUGAUCGACGCAAUCGAAGCCUCUUACACUAAGAAAAGACUCUCAAGAGCAGACCACACUCGCGAAGCCCGUCUCAGAACUGACCGCUACCUACCCUCUUCCCUUCUCGCUUCGCCUUCUUCAUCUUCAUUUUCUCUUACACCUUGUCAAGCAAAUUUAAGGAUGAAAUACCAACCUUUAAGUUUUGGAGGUCAGAUAUUGUAUAGUAAAACAUCAACAGAGGUACAGAAAGCUGCAGUGGAGCUUUUACAGUUUCUUGAAGUUAAGAAAAAGGAAACUGGUCAAGUUGCAAUAGGGUUUGAUAUUGAAUGGAGACCCUCAUUCAAGAGAGGUGUUUUGCCAGGAAAGGCUGCAGUUAUGCAGAUCUGUGGUGACACCAGUCAUUGUUAUGUCAUGCAUAUUAUUCAUUCAGGAAUUCCUCCAAGCCUGCGGUCUCUCCUUGAGGAUUCCUCAGUUUUAAAGGUUGGAAUUGGAAUUGUCAAUGAUGCUACUAAAAUUUUUAAUGAUUAUGAUGUAUCUGUUAAAGGUGUGAAUGAUCUUUGCUAUCGAGCAAAUAAAAAACUAGGUGGAAGUUUUAAGAAAUGGAGCCUUGCAUCCCUGACUGAAAUGCUUCUUUGCAAAGAGCUUCCGAAGCCCAACAAAAUCAGACUGGGAAAUUGGGAGGCAAAUGUGUUAACAAAGGCGAAACUACAAUAUGCUGCAACAGAUGCUUAUGCUUCAUGGCAUCUGUAUCAGGUUCUGGAGAGCCUCCCAGAUCUGGUAGAAGAUGCAGCCGACUAAGGAAGCCUAGAACUGAACGGCGGAAGAAGUAAUUCAACCGAGAGAAUGCUGGUUGAAGAAUGGUUUCAGGGCAAAUCAAGCUCUUAUAGUUUCACUGUUAUUAUUGAACCAGAAAUCCGAUCUGUGUAUUCAUUAUAUGAAAUAUAUAUUUAAGCCGCACCAUCAUUUGUUUUUAACAUUAUCAGAGAACCUUUUCCAUGUCUUUAGGACCGAAUCCAUUUUUAUAAACACAAACCUCAGGUCAUGUUGUAAUACAUUUACUGCAUGACAUCAAUCAAUAUCAAAAUUAUGAUUUUAA